GAAGAGUGUUGUCGUAGCAACCUGAAGCUUAUUCGAAGUAGAGCUGUCCACAGCUUUUGUAAGUCAGUAAAACAGACGCCUUGAAGCGAAGCGUUAUAUUCAGGCUCUACUUUGUCAUCUGAUGGAAACAAAUGUAUUUUUGGCUCACCAAUUGAACUAUCGUAGCAGGUUUUAACACGUUAGACACUGGUACGUAUAUCCGCGGUUAGAAGUCACACGUUUUGUGUAAACCUUUAAUUUACGAGACGAACAAGCCUUUAAUGCUGUGCUCAGUUUCACAGCUUGAUCUCACAUUCUGUCUAAAUGUCGGUGGUGAGCACUCUGGUUCCAGCCCGCUUCCUGACUCUCAUCGCGCACCUUGUAAUAGUCAUUAUCAUAUUCUGGUCGCGGGAGAACAGUGUCAGAGCUUGCCUACCACUAGACUACACGAAUGAAGAAUACAGGUUAGAGGACACACGGCUUGUGGUGGCAUUAUCCGUGACCCUGGGCCUGUUUGCCAUCGAGCUGGUUGGGUUCCUCUGUGGAGUCUCUAUGUUCAACAACAAUCAAGCUCUUCUGUCUAUUGGAUGUCAUGCCAGUGGCUCUGUGGCUUUGGCCUUCUUCUUGUUUGAGCAAUGGGCCUGCACCAUCUACUGGUGGAUCUUUGGAUUCUGUAGUGUGAUUCCAGCACUAUAUGAGAUGAUCCUCUUUGUUGUAGUGUUUGGAUUUAAGAGGAAGCCUCUUUGAGAGUCUCUGCCCUCUUGGUUCAGGCGAGUCAGAUAUUGUCCUUCCAUCACCGAUGUACCAGAAUCACCUGAAUUCAGAAUAACAUUCACUGGCCCAAUAAACCUAAAGUUUCUAAAUAAGUACUUAAAAAAAAAAAAAAAGAAAUUAUAAUAUUUUGUACCCUUUGUAGCGGCAGCCAGUACCCGCUAAGUAGUGGGAAUACAUCCAUGAUGCGUUUCGAUGCAAAAGGUUUUUAAUUACAAUGUAGAAAUGAACAGCAACAUGUUGAAUGAAGACAGUAAGAUAGAAAACAAAAAUAAACCAAAUAAAAUGAAAUAAACAAAAUUAAACUAAACGGUCAACAGAAAGUGAGAGUCCCAGCUACUCACCCCCUUCCUCCAUGAUAUCCACAUGCAAACUAACAGGUAAUAUGCACCUAUACAAAAUGACGUAACAAACUGGAAGUGACAAUUUCAAAAUAAAAGACAUCAAACCGUAUCUGGCACCUACACCCUUUGUGAUGAAUUAAAGCAUUUUGUAUUUUGAUACAACUGAUGACAAA